AUGUCCAAGAAGUACGACCCCGCUGAGUGCAAUUACGAGAUCUAUGACAAAGAACUUUUGGCUAUUGUACGCUGCUUCGAAUGCUGGAGACCCGAACUCCAAGGCACGCACCACCAGAUUACAGUCAUCACUGACCAUGCCAACCUUCGAUAUUUCAUGACAACCAAGCAACUUUCAAGACGACAAGUCAGGUGGAGCGAAUUCCUAUCACAGUUCCAAUUCGCUAUCAAAUCACAAGACUUGCCGAAAGAUGAAAAUGACGACCGCAUCCAGUACCAACAACAGUCGCUGCUUAAGCCUUGCAACGUAGACUCCUCCGUACAAGAACAACUAAAGCUUGACCCCGAGCUCUCAGAACUCUUUGCCAAUCUCUCCUGGGAACAAGAAAUUGCACUAUGUCCCGCCAUUCUUGACGAAAUUCAGCCAGAACCAAUCAACCACAGAAUCACAAGACUUCUAGACAAGGGCUAUGAGGAGGACGAAUGGUGGAUGAAAAUCAGGGACGAGAUGCUCAAACCCCAUGGCACUCCUCACUCGAAGGAAGUUUUCUAUCGGAAUGCAUGA